AUCGUAUUCACAUGCAUAUGCAUUGCAUUGCUCACUCCCAAUGGGGACCCUUUUGCAAAAUGCUUCUUCACUUUUCUUCAAUUCAUCACUUUCUACAGCACCUAAAAUUUCCCAUUACCAGGUUCGCUUUUCAACCCCUCCCAAUCACAAACCCACAACCAGAAGGGCCUUCAUCUUCAACAUGGCACACUCCCCAGUUAUUGAGCAACACAGAGUGAUAAUACCCAACAAGCACGGUGAAAAGCUAGUGGGUAUAUUAAAUGAAUCUGGAAGCAGGGAGAUUGUAGUCUUGUGCCAUGGUUUUCGCUCCUCUAAAGAAGCCAAUGCCUUAGUGAACCUUGCUGCUGCUUUGGAAAAGGCCAGUAUCAGUUCUUUCCGCUUUGACUUUGCUGGAAAUGGGGAAAGUGAUGGUUCUUUUCAGUAUGGUUACUAUUGGAGGGAAGCUGAGGAUUUACAUGCUGUUACUCAACAUUUUCAUGAAUCAAACCGUGUGGUUAGUGCAAUUGUUGGGCACAGUAAAGGAGGUGGCGUGGUGCUUCUUUAUGCUUCUAAAUAUCAUGAUAUUAAAACAGUUGUCAACCUAUCUGGACGCUAUGAUCUGAAGGCAGGAAUUGAAGAACGCCUUGGAAAAGAUCAUAUGGAAAAAAUUAGGAAGGAUGGUUUCAUUGAUGUGACAAGAUCAGGAAAUUUUGAGUACCGUGUGACUUUGGAAAGUUUGAUGGAUCGCUUAGAUACAAAUAUGCACGAAGCUUGUCUUCAGAUUGAUAAAGAAUGCAGGGUCCUAACAGUUCAUGGUUCUUCCGACAAAGUUGUCCCUGUUGAAGAUGCAUCCAAGUUUGCCAAGAUUAUACCAAACCACAAGUUACAUAUCAUAGAAGGAGCUGAUCAUUCAUUCACUAAUCAUCAAGAGGAAUUAGCCUCUGUUGUUGUGAACUUCAUAAAGGAAACCUUUCAACAGGAUAAGGGUACUGCUAGCUAGGUAUCUGUUUUUGCUUGCAGCAUCUGAACUUAAACUUCUCUAAGGAUAUAGUUGUGAUGGAUCUUGCAGUUUCAAGCCAGUUAACUUCACUUCUGAUGACAAUUUUUUUUCUCAUGGAUGAACAAUGUCUAUGAUAUUCUACAACGUGUUUGAGUCAGCUCUCCUAUAGUUUUUACUUAUUAAAUUAGUGAAUCUUGCACAGAGUGAAAAUAAUACGAGCAAUAUCUGCAACUGAUAUUUGCCUCUAACUUGAUGUACAACGUUAUUUUAACAUUGUUUAUCACGUUUAUGACAAUGCAAACAAUCAUCUCAUGGUAGCACAUUGUGGCCACGGCAAAAGCAUUUGUAAACUUUAAAA